UUGGGUCCUGAGCAGCCAUGUGACGUUGGAUAGCACUGCCGGGCGCCAAAUUCAAACAACGGGGAGGAAGGAAGAGGAAACCGAUCAAAGGGAGGAUCGUGGCUGAUUCGGGGUCCAGAACAACCUUUCUCCCUCCCCACCCGCGGAGAGGGCGUGGCCCGUGGGGGGACCCCUCCCCUCCCCCCGAGCUCCACCGGGAACCGUGCAUCGCCGGGUCUUCGCCGCUGCAAGCAGCAGGAAGCGAUCUACAGCCAGAAGCCUGAAAUACUACACCAAGGUCCGUCCUUCUGUCCUCAAUGGAGAUCGACUGCACUGGUCAAGGAUGAAGAGCAGCCCUCACAGGCCCCUGAUUCUCAAGAGAAGGAAACUGUCUCUCCCAAAUAAUGAUGCAUCGAGCACCUUGGCACAAGAUGAACCAGGUGAACAGAGUAAUGGGUCCUCUAAUCAGGAACACUCAAGAACAGAUGAGCACAGCACAAACAGAGAGGACCCUGGAACCCAGGAAAUCCCUACAGGAAUUAAGAUAAUGAACCAUCCCACCAUGCCAAAUACACAGGUGGUGGCUGUCCCUGCCAACACAGACAUCAAAACUAUCCUCGAGGCUCUGACAGCCAAAGGAAAAGAGUCUGGGUGCAAUGGGCCUAACAAAUUCAUUCUCAUCAGUAGUGGGAGCGGCUCCCUCAACAUGGAAACAAGGGCAUUUAAGAAUCCGUUGAGAUCUGAAGAUGAGCAAAGUGUCACCAGUCAGAGGGCACAGGAAGAAGAAAAGGACAGUGGGCAAAACUCUGGGACAAGGGAAGAGUCAACUCCUUGGGCCUCCGAGUCACAAUUUCUAGAAGAACAAGAACAGGAAGGAAACAACAGUGGGGAAAGCUGUAGCCUGGGCAGCAGUCUGACUAACAUCCAGUGGUUGGGCACAAUGAGCUCCAGUGGACUGAACCCUUGCAAUGAGAAAAAAGAAACAGAGAAGGAGAACUUGACUCCCAAGCAGAAAACAAUCAAGGCUGAGGAAGGUUCCACAGCUUCUUCCUGUACUACCUCAUGGCAUGAGUCCUUUUCUGAACGUCCGCCCUACUCCUAUAUGGCUAUGAUCCAGUUUGCCAUCAACAGCACUGAGAAGAAGCGCAUGAUGCUGAAAGACAUCUACACCUGGAUUGAGGACCAUUUCCCUUAUUUCAAGCAUGUAGCCAAACCAGGCUGGAAGAAUUCCAUACGACACAAUCUUUCCCUUCAUGAUAUGUUUGUUCGGGAGACAUCUGCCAAUGGCAAAAUCUCCUUCUGGACUAUUCACCCUGAAGCUAACCGCUAUCUGACACUGGACCAGGUGUUCAAGCCAUUGGAUGCAGGGUCCUCGGCAUCACUCGAGCACUUGGAAUCACAGCAAAAACGGCACACUCCAGAUCUGCAGAAGAAUCUGGGAGGCACUAGUGGCAGCAAAACUGAGCCACAGCCUGCACGCAGAAAAAUGAAGCCCUUGCUCCCACGUGUCAAUUCCUAUUUGGUUCCAAUCCAGUUCCCCAUGAGCCAGUCCCUCAUCCUUCAGCCUUCCUCAAAGAUGCCUCUGCCUGUAGCCCAGGGUGCCUCUGAGACCGUGCAGAGCAGCAAGCCAGUGCACAUUGCUCCGAAGGUAUUGCCACCCAGUGAAGAGCCAGCCCUGUUCCCUGCUGCAAUCCCCAUAAAGGAAGAGACUUAUCAUAGUGAAGAGUCAUCUCCAUUUGCCCCCCACCAAUCCACAAAGGAGAAUGCCUGUCAGAUCGGCAGAGAAUCAUUCCCUGCAGCCCUGCAUAUAAAAGAGGAGAAUGACAGCUUCCAUGCCAGUGAAUGGGUCUCCUCCUCAUUUCUCCCAGCAGUGCCUAUAAAGGAGGAGCUGCCACAGCCUGGUGAAGAAUCAGACUUAUUCCUCCCAGCAUCGCCUGCAAAGCAAAAGAGACAGUUUACAGCUCUCAAGUCACCAUCCUGGAGCAUGUUGGACAUGCUGGUUAUAAAGAGGCGAGAACGGCAUGAAACAGGCAGAUCCAGAAGGAAGCAGCACUUAGCCCUGCCUUGUUCAGAAGAGCCGGUCCUGGUCCUUUCACCCAGCAGUGGUUCCAAUUCAUUCACGCUGGGACAGGACAUUUCCUUUGGGCAGGAGACUACUCUGGGUGAAGAGUCUCACCUUAGCUGCUCUCAGGGGGACAGUGGCCCUUUUAAAACCCCAAUUAAAGAGAUGUUAUGCAAGUUGCCAAUUUCCUCUACCCCAAGCAAAAUACCAUCAAACACCACACAAUCCCUGUCAGCCAUGGAUUCCUGGAGACUGGCACCCGUUGUCAAGGAAACUACCAACCUCGAUUUCAGCCCCGCGAGGACCCCUCCAAUACCAUUACUGUCCCUCCAGGAGAAAUUAGAUCUGCUGGAAUUUAGCAGCUCUCCCCUGAGACAAUCCCUGUUUGAUUCCCCGCAGCCACCACUUCUAAAUACAGAAACUAACGAUAUGGUCUCUGGGCCUCUGACAAGCUCUCCUGUAUCUAGCAAGCAGUCCUCCCCAGAACUUCAGGCUUCUCUCUUCCCCGAAAACCAUUCGCUCCUGGAAGGUCUUGUCCUGGAUACCAUGAAUGACAGUUUGAGCAAAAUCUUGCUAGAUGUUAGUUUCCCUGGCCUGGAGGAUGACAACCUGGGAACUGAUCUCAGCUGGUCACAGUUCAUUCCUGAGCUGAAAUGACCAAAGGUGGCUAAUUGAGUCUGAAAAUGGCUGAGAGUAAAUAGACAAGGGAUACUGGCUGUGUUUCAUUCUACUAAGCAGUGAUACACACUAGAAGGACCCUGUCAAAUGGCUGGCCAUAGUAUGGUCCACAGGCUGCUUGAAGUUCCACUGGAUAUUGCUCUUGGUUAUACAGAGGGCCAAUACACUGGUAUGAACAAUCAGGAAAACUUGAGUCAAUUCCUUCCGAAAUGUCAUUGGGAAAAUUGCCAUCUCCUUUCCAUGGUUUUCCAGUCCACUACAGCAUCUUGUUUGUAGAUUUUGGUCUUUGUAAAUAGCUGUACAUUUUUAAAUGCCUUUAAAAUAUAAAGAGGGUGAUCGAAUACAAAGGAGGCCUGGCUCUUGUACCUUUGAUAGUUGCAGAGAGAGGUUCAGCUUGUUCUGGUAAGUGUUACUUCUGGUGCAAGUUUCCUCAGUUACUCAAGUAUUAAAAGUACAAGAGCUCUGACAUCUUAGUUGGCUUCCAGUCAUUUUAUUUUAGGGGGAGCUAAUGGUGAGGGGUUUUGUUUGUAGUUUUCCCAGUUUGCUCCCGCCCCCCCCCCAAAUGCACUGAUAUGCAUAGUUCAGAAUUAGGGUUGACACUUUUUUACUCACACCUUGCUCUUGUGCCUUUGACAGGAGCCUAACAUGAAGACAUUUAGCAACUGAAAUUUCCCCCAUCAUUGGACAGGUUCACACAUAACAUAGCAAGUACGGCUGUUGUGAACCAUCCCCAUGAGCACACUCCUAGCAUGGGCCGCUAUUCCAAUGCCAGUCAUGUCUAGACUUGGAAAUGUCAGUUUAUCCUGCAGCACUUGCUUCUAGCAACCCAGCAUCUGCAACACAACAUUAAAGUUGGUUAAUUGCCAUGCUAUGUGUGAACCUGUCCACCAUUUGUCCUUAAGCUGCUUAAUUAUUCAGAUCAGCCUCCUGUUAAAGGCAUAGGAGCAGAGCCAAAAUAACUGAUAGUAAAGUUGCCCAAAAUUCAUAUAUUAGCAGCCUGAAGUGUCUCAUCUACUAACAGGAGAGGCAUUUAAUGGCCUUUCAUCUAACUAAGGCCUAGAUGGGAUUUGCCUGUUCUCGGAGCUCUUGCCUUCACAAUCUACGUAUGUUGAUGUUUCAUCCCCUGAAACCCCUGGCACUUAAAUGUCCAGCACAACAGUGGAUCAGUUCAGAUACCCCCAAACCCUCUCAAUGGAGUGUUGCCAGGGAGAAAGCCAUGUGAUAAAAGUAACAUCUGACCAAAUGCAGACAUGCUGACAAGUACUACUACCAUGAAAGCAUGAAUGUGAGGUUAGCAAAAUGAGCUAUUGCACUCUCAAAUUUCCACCAAGAAGCAGCACCUGUCAACAUGGUUAAGUCGGGUCAGAUGCUACUUCCUGCUACUGGGACACAUCAUUGGGGUUUUCAGAGUAUCCAAAUGAGCCACUUAGUUAACAGAUUUUAGCACUUCAAGUAAUUUUCAUAGUACCCAGGAAUUAGAGCAGUGAAGCAGGGAGCUUGAAAAACGGUUCCUCAAUAUUUAAAGGUAUAAGAGUGAUCUAUGCGGAGGAUCUGACACGUUUCUUCAUCAUUUAAGUAUGUGCUAGUACAAGUUGUUCUCCUUGGUAUCAUAUGUUUAAAAAGGAGGGGAACUGUGUGAAGGGUACUUUUGUCUUAAGAACUGCCUAGAACUGGUCUGGUCUUAAAGGGUGGGGCGGGGGGGGAGCAACAUAGAGGUAGUUCAGUCACACUCUUCUGUCUGUGUGUUUCUUGUGACAACCUAUGCAAUAAAGCCAGAGUAGAA